AAGAGAGAGAGAGAGAGAGAGAGAAAAAAGGAAGUUACAAUGGCAGAAAACGCAGCGUACAGAAAGGAACAAGACCCUAAAUUACUUUGGCCAUGAGCCCGUUCCCUUUAACUGCGGCUCUUUCUUCGAGGCGUGAGUGCAGUCCCGCCCGAGGUGCAGCGAGUGCAGGUGCACACGGACAGACGUCGUGUCUCAAACCAGAGGUCGUUGCCAUUACGCGUUGUGCUGUCAAAUCCAGUCGAAAAAAAAUGUCAAACGUGGGUAAUCUGGAGCAGCAAAUUGCAAGCUUGCAGCUCAGCCACGGCGAUGACGCGGCCAAGGCUGUCAAGCCCGGCAAGAAGGUCGGGCCUGCCGUACCGCCCAAGCCGAAAAGGUCUCAGCCUCAGAUACCACAAAGUUACACCAUAAAGGCUCCGCCAACGCCAUCGUACAGCACAGUUCUGAACAACGCGGGCUCCAGCGACAAGGCUACCAACUUGUAUAUGAACACGCCGUCGCCGUACGCUCCGUUGGACAUACAGAACGACUUCUCGCAGAUGGCACCUGCAAACGGCAAGGACACGUCGAAACUCUAUCAGAACAACGACAGUUUCUACGUGUGCCAAUCGGACGACAAGUUCGAGCCUAAGUAUAGAUACGACGAGAAGAACUACUACUCCAAUAUCGGCAACAUGCCGGCGCCCCAGGUGCCCGUCGUGGCGGACGAUCGCUCGAACAGGGCGACGAGAAACGCGGUGUACAGCAAUAUCGAGCCGCCGGUGCCGAUCCCGGUUCCCGCGCCGAUCAAAACCGAGAAGGACAUCAUAUACAGCAAUAUUCAAUGGAGCCCUAAACCAGAGAACACGUACUGCAACGUUCCUCCUCCGCAUGGCGGUGACGAUUUACCGCCACCGCCGGAGCCGUCAGAGUACGUCUCAUGCGUGCCCGGGAACUCGUUCCCGCCGCCGCCGGAGGAACUGCCUCCGCCGCCGAGUCCCGUGUCGUCCAGUUACAGCGAGCUGAGGCGCGCCACUUACCAACCCGACUUCCCGUCGGGCAACUAUCCCGCCGAUAUUUACGGGCCGAGUUCGCAAUCGAGCUCGACGUACGAGUCCAUAUACGAGCCGAUUAACCCCAGGCCACCGUCGCAAUUGUCGUGCAACUACUCCAUGUACUCCGGCUACGGAUCGGCCACGUCUACGCAGCCGCAGGGCAAAGCGUCCCCCGUCAAAGAAGUCGACGUUCUCACGGAUCUGUUGGUCCAAGGAAUGGCGGAUAACAGCGAAGACAGCGACAUUUACGGUAUCUGCGGGCAAUGCGGGCGCAAGGUCGAGGGAGAGGGCACCGGAUGUUCGGCCAUGGACAAGGUUUUCCACAUUAGCUGCUUUUGCUGUUUCGUCUGCAAGGUCAAUCUACAGGGGAAGCCCUUCUACUCGCUGGAGGGCAAACCUUACUGCGAGGAGGACUAUCUCAACACCCUGGAGAAGUGCUGCGUCUGCAUCAGACCGAUUUUAGAUAGAAUAUUGAGAGCCACCGGUAAGCCAUAUCACCCAUCGUGCUUCACCUGCGUCGUUUGCGGACAGAGCCUGGACGGCAUACCGUUCACCGUGGACGCCACGAACCAGAUACACUGCAUUCAGUGUUUCCACAAGAAGUUCGCGCCGCGCUGCUGCGUCUGCAAGUUACCGAUAAUGCCCGAACCCGGCGAGGACGAGACCGUACGAGUGGUGGCAUUGGAUCGCAGCUUCCACAUACAGUGCUACAAGUGCGAGGAUUGCGGAUUGGUAUUGUCCUCGGACUCGGAGGGACGGGGCUGCUAUCCGUUGGACGACCACGUGUUGUGCAAGAGCUGCAACGCGACGCGAGUUCAGGCUUUAACGUCCCACAUGACGACCGAAUUGUAAGACGUCGUGAGACGAGCGCACGGACGAGAUAUCGAAUCAAGUGUCAUUGUGAUUGAUUGUGUCGCCAGUCACAGAAAAGGUUACAAUAUUUUUCUUCGAGUUUCGCAACGCAUCUCGUAUCCAAUAGAAAAAUGUGUUUUCUGGGAAUUACUAAAAAACAAAUUGUCCUUUGAUACGGGAUGGAUUCCGGAAUUUGUAGAAAAAUGUGCUGCAGCCUUUUCGUGACUUGCUAUACAUAUGAGGUGAUAUCGAUGCCGGUAUUGCAGUUUCCUUUCUCGCGUACGGCUUUUCCAUUCCGCUACUGUCGUAACACACAAGACCGCAAUAUUUCUCUGUAUUCGAAGGAACCCUAACUACGUUAGCGCGAAAGAUCCGAGUUUUUUUUUACAAUAUCAUAGGUAUUAGUCAAUUGACACGAAAAAUUGCUCUUGCCACUGAUUUCUUUACAAUUUGACGCGAGAGGAGAAUCGUGUUGCUGACUUUGUACUCAAUUUAUACGAAUCUUAAGGGCGUAAGACCGACGCGUUGAAAUUCCGUCACACUGCCAUAAUGUCGAAGCAUUGCCACUACGUUACGGAGUAUAACGGGCGUCACACGUCGGUGACGACGAAUUAGAGGUGACGUAGACCAAUCUCGACAUCCGACGACAAUUUUCCUGCAGAUGAUGUGAUUAUCAUUGUGAUUCUAGCAAAGUAUUCGACGUACCGCGAAGUAUUUAACGUGUAAUCCGUUAACGGGAGAAUAUCGCUUCAAUUUAUAUAUAUUUAGAGAUAGACCGCAGAUUCGGGAAAAGUAGCAUUAUUAUUAUUAUUAUUAUUAUUAUUAUUAUUAUUAUAUAUAUAUAUAGACAAAUAUAUAUAAUAAUUGGUAAGGAGAUGCGUGCCAUUUCUUUAAAACUUUGUAGCUGUAAGUAAAUUCUCUCUCACAAUAAGAGUACCAAAAAGAAAAAGAACGAACGCUCAAACGUGUCUCUUCAGCACAUCGUGACGUAAUCACCAAUUCCCGAAUUGUCAUGCAUGAAUAAGACAUACAUUCAGGAGACUUAUACGAUCUCUGUAUUAUAGUAUCAAUAAAAAUACAGUUUGUUAUUUA